GACACACCUCCUCCGUAUACUUGGUUUGUAAAAUUCAAAAAUGGAUGGAGCUUCUUGGAAAAAGAAACACCAAAACCUCCUCAAUAAGACUAUCAAGGAGCUCGAGGAGUCGACACUAGUAGCCCAGCGGGCAGCUGAAGAGAAUGCUGAAGCUAGUCAGAAGUUAAUUUCAGAGCUUAGAUCUCAGCUCCAACGAAGUCAAGAGAAAAUAAAAACUUUAGAAGAUAAACUCAAAGCACAAGCUUCCCCCAGUAUUGUGAGCGUAGGCAGUGUUGAUGAACCAGAUAAGAGAAAAGAAGGAGCAUAUGUGGCUACCUCACUACCAAUUUCACUGUCAUCUGAUGAAAAUGGCGGAUCUGAUAACGAGAACAUGUUAUCUUCAGUUAGGAAGAGGAGACAAGUUCAGAAGGAUAUGCCAAAGAGGAAUCAAGAAUAUGAAUUUUUUGAGUCAAUAACUUGUCUCAGUGUGGAGUGCACUGAAUCAAACGACCUAUCAACCACUUACCUCUGCAGUCUUGAUGAUGGGGCAUUAAUGGGUCAUGAGUUUAAGAUCACACUAAGUCGUGAUAACUGGGAAUACACCUACACUCCUAUUAAUCCGUCAAAGAGCAUCGAUGAAGGGAAUCAACUGAAAAACUCGUUUUUCUUUCCAGACUACAUGCUGCCUAGAUUCCUAGUGAAACUCCUCAAUGCCACUUAUCAACUACAAGAAGGGGAACAGUACUAACUCUUCUCUCUCUCUCCCUCUCUCCUUUUCUCUUUAUCAUUAUUAUGAACAGUAUAUAUCAUUACAUGUAGUUGUUAAAAACUUUCUAUUUGAUAUUGUUGAAGUAUUAUAGUCA